UCCUGUUGAUCUGGCUCCGCUGAGGGCUGGGCUGAGAGGAGGGCUGGAUUGAGAGGAGGGCCGGCGGGCGGGCGGCGGCCACUGGCCAGGCGUGGGCGUGCGCGGCGCAGCCGCGGGCGCAGAGCGUCCGCCUGGUCGCCUGAGUCCGGAGCAACCUCGCCUCCCGCGCCACCCGCUGUCUGUCCUUCUCUCUGGACCUCGGCCCCGCCGCGCGGCACCAUGCCCGCCGUGGACAAGCUCCUGCUAGAGGAGGCGUUGCAGGACAGCCCCCAGACUCGCUCUUUACUGAGUGUGUUUGAAGAAGAUGCCGGCACUCUCACGGAUUAUACCAACCAGCUGCUCCAGGCGAUGCAGCGAGUCUAUGGAGCUCAGAAUGAAAUGUGCCUGGCAACUCAGCAGCUUUCCAAGCAACUGCUGGCAUAUGAAAAGCAGAAUUUUGCUCUUGGCAAAGGCGAUGAAGAAGUAAUUUCUACACUCCAUUAUUUUUCCAAAGUGGUGGAUGAGCUUAAUGUUCUCCAUACUGAGCUGGCCAAACAGUUAGCAGACACAAUGGUUCUGCCUAUUAUACAGUUUCGAGAAAAGGAUCUCACAGAAGUAAGCACUUUAAAGGAUCUUUUUGGACUUGCCAGCAAUGAGCAUGACCUCUCAAUGGCAAAAUAUAGCAGGCUUUCUAAAAAAAAGGAGAAUGAAAAGGUAAAGACUGAAGUCGUAAAAGAGGUGGCAGCUGCGCGGCGGAAACAGCACCUUUCAUCCCUGCAGUACUACUGUGCCCUCAAUGCGCUGCAGUACAGAAAGCGCGUGGCCAUGAUGGAGCCCCUGCUAGGCUUCGCUCACGGACAGAUUAACUUUUUUAAGAAGGGAGCUGAGAUGUUUUCUCAAAGCAUGGACAGCUUCUUAACCUCUGUUGCAGAUAUGGUUCAAAGCAUCCAGGUGGAACUUGAAGCGGAAGCAGAGAAGAUGCGGGUGUCCCAGCAAGAAUUACUUUCUCUUGAUGACUCCGUUUACACUCCAGACUUCGAUGUGGCUACUCCCCAGAUCAACAGGAACCUCAUCCAGAAGGCUGGUUACCUUAAUCUUAGAAACAAGACCGGCCUGGUCACCACCACCUGGGAGAGGCUCUACUUCUUCACCCAAGGCGGCAACCUCAUGUGCCAGCCCAGGGGCGCCGUGGCUGGAGGUCUGAUCCAGGACCUGGACAACUGCUCAGUGAUGGCGGUGGACUGCGAGGACCGGCGAUACUGCUUCCAGAUCACCACUCCCAAUGGAAAAGCGGGAAUAAUUCUCCAGGCAGAAAGCAGAAAGGAAAAUGAAGAGUGGAUAUGUGCAAUAAACAACAUCUCCAGACAGAUCUACCUGACUGACAACCCAGAGGCAGUCGCCAUCAAGUUGAAUCAGACGGCUCUCCAAGCAGUGACUCCCAUUACAAGUUUUGCCAAAAAACAGGAAAGCCCGUGCCCCAGCCAGAACUUGAAAAAUUCAGAGAUGGAAAAUGACAAGAUUGUUCCCGAAGCAGCAGUCAUUAUACCUAAAGCAGAACAACUGAUUGCUCCAGGAACACCUAUUCAAUUUGAUAUUGUACUUCCUGCUACAGAAUUCCUUGAUCAGAACAGAGGGAGCAGGCGUAUCAACCCUUUUGGUGAAACUGAGGAUGAGACGUUUCCAGAAGCAGAAGAUUCUCUUUUGCAGCAGAUGUUUGUCGUUCGGUUUUUGGGAUCAAUGGCAGUUAAAACGGACAACACUCCUGAAGUGAUUUAUGAAGCAAUGAGACAAGUACUGGCUGCUCGGGCUAUCCACAACAUCUUCCGUACGACAGAAUCCCACCUGAUGGUCACCAGUCAGACUCUGAGGUUGAUAGAUCCUCAGACUCAAGUAACAAGGGCCAAUUUCGAACUUACCAGUGUCACUCAGUUUGCUGCUCAUCAAGAAAAUAAAAGGCUGGUUGGCUUUGUGGUGCGCAUGCCUGAAUCCACAGGCGGAGAGUCGCUGAGCACAUAUGUUUUUGAAAGCAACUCAGAAGGGGAAAAGAUAUGUUAUGCUAUUAAUUUGGGAAAAGAAAUCAUUGAGGUACAGAAGGCACACCACCUGGUUUCAGAAUGCUGACAAUCACUUGUGGAAUGUACUCUUGAUGCCUUGAUACUGAAACUUGGGAGGGAAACAGUAAGCAAUGGUUGACAACAUACCCAUCUGCAAAUGUUAUUUUAGGUGCUUUGUGGUAAGUCUUUUUCUUAGAUUGCACUGUUCAGCGCUCAGAAUGAAAGCUAUGAAAAAAAGGCAUUGUUCACUUUAUUUCAUCAUCUCUUUUCAGUUUCCAGUAUCCUUUUUUAAAAAAUGGUAAAAGCCUAGAUUUAUAAUUUGAUAAACACUAAAUAUUUCCUAUUAAUAUCUAUUUUUGUAUUUUACUUAGCUUUAAGUGCCUGUCAUUCUGAAAAUUGUGUAUUUAUAAUCAAGCUUGUCUUAUAAUUGGACCUAAUAGCAUUAACUUGUGUAGUUAAAUGAAGGGCCCUGUUCUUUGAGGCUCAAGCACUAGCAGAAAUGCAGGUCUAGUUUUGGUAAUUGUUCAAACAUCAAGCAAUAAAAAGACAAGCAGAUGAGUAUCACAAAAGAUGUUUAAUUUUACAUUGGAACCUUAAUGAACCAGCAUUCAGAAGGUUAUGGUCCUUUAGAUACUGCUUUUAGGGGUGGAUCACCAUAGACAGGGUGCAGUUCUACCAAUUCCUGUUUCUUCUGAGCCAGACCCUCCUUAAAGAAGGGGCCGAUUCAUUUUAAAACUCACUUGAAGCACAGCUGGCCAUGGGGCUUGGAAUAGAAGUUUCUAUUUCUACCCUAUGUCUCGUUCCAGGUGUCCCAGCCCACUAGGAAAUAAGUAUAAUGAUCUUGAAUUGGUACAGGGUGUUUUAAUUAUAACUAAGUUCAACAGAAUAUCAUUGUCUUUGUAAUAAAUUAACCUAGCAAUAAAUGCUAGCAAAUAAAAACUAUCAUUCUGCUUC